AUGUUUAGCCGUCUUGUUGCUUCCGUAAGUUGUUGUUUUAUCUUUCAGAAUGCUUUUCCAAAAUUGAUAUCACUAAAGAUGAAAAUUUCCCUUUUUUUUCUUUGACUCGAAAUUUUUCAGGUCCUGUUGGUCCUCCACAAUUUCGAUCCGACACAUGGUGAAAUCCGUUCUCAGUGUUAUUGUAAGCUUCUCAUCCAUAUCAGUAAUUUUGUGAGUCAAGAUAACAACAGUGCAAAAAAUAUCGUCGACUGUUCUUCCUGGAGGUCCCUUUCCCUCGUGAUGCUGGAAAAUGACGACUCUGCAGCAAACUCACUCGAACAAUACAAAAAAUUUACAAGAACCGUGAGAAACAAGUUGGAUGAAGAGAAAAAUUGAUAUUUUCAGGUUAUAGGGGGAUGCGGACAAGAAAACGGAUUUCGUUUGUACGCUCCAGCUCUUUUUGACGAUCUGACAUGUAGGAUGUAUCAUGUGAGUUUUUUAUGGAGCUUUUGAAAAACCAGCAAAUACUCUGUUUCUUCUCUGUUUCAUGGAAUUAAUUUAAGAGUUUGAGCAGCUAAUUUUCAGCUAACCUUCAUGAAAUAUGGAGUGCAAAUUGCAAUGAAAACUUUUUUCAAAGAUUCGGAUCAGUCCUUACUCGAAAAAAAUUUUUUUUUCGAAUUUUUCAAGUUACGAAUUCAUAGUAAAUUUUUCGAAAAGCUCUCUCAUUCAUUUUUUUUUUUUAUCGUUUCAAUAAAAAAAAACUUAUUCAGAUUGGAGAUACUGACCAAAUCAGCUUGAUAGACGACCUGGUGCUCCCUGAAGUCUACAACCCUUUUCCGAGCGACCCAGGAACGUACUUUGUGCGACUGCUAGGCAACGCUGUGAGAUUUUUCGCCACAUUGAGUUUGUUCCAAAAAGUGAGAUUUUCUAGUCGGAUUGCUCUACAAAAAUGGAUUCGAUGCGAGGAGAGGCGUUGUACUUCUUCUUCGAUUCGGAUUGCUCCUACCUCACCGCAUAUAGUUUACCAAUAACGAGCUUGAUCUCGAAUAUAAUGAAAAAUGGAUUCUACGUCAAAAUUCUAUGGUACAACAACGGAGAAACGAAAGAUGGUGAGCAAAAUUUCUGAUAUGGCCCAAUUUUUUUCAGCAUGUAUGAGUGAAACUUUUCCUCUUUGUAUCAACGGCAGCAUGUGCGAAGUGAAACGGUACAGAAACGACGAUGAAUUGGCCCGAGAAUAUUCCAAUAGCUUACUUCCUUGCAAAAGAGCCGUCACGAUCAAACAAAACGAUAAACUGUGUGAGAUUCUUCUGAUAUUUGAUCAUAUCAACUAUGGAAGGUUUCAGUUAUCAUCCUGGGAUGCGUUUUUGGGUCGAUUGCGCUGAUUUCAAUCAUCGUACUGGCUUUGUAUUGUUUCCGACUCAACAGACAGCGACGAAUCGCAGAAGAAAUCGCGGCUCUCAAAAUGUGGGUUAUUUUGAAAAAUGACAAAAUUAAGCUCUUUUUUCAGGAAAACUGACUAUUCCGCAUUUUCAAAUCACUACACUAAUUUGAAAAAAUUGGCUAAAAUCAAUAAGUAAGAUUGGGAAGUUAAUUUUCAAAAAUGAAGGUUUUCAGGUACGAUGAUUGGGAAGUUCCUCGAUAUGAGUUGGUAAUAAUGGAAACGGAAAUUCUCGGCCGAGGGGCCUUUGGAAUGGUGAACAAAGGGAUAUUAAAAGGUUAACAGAAGUUUUGAUAUUUCAGAUGAAUUGAAUACAAACAAAAUUCAAAAAAUUUGUUUUAAGGUCGGAUUCCAUUACUUAACUUUUACCCUACAAUGCGCCUCGAGACAAAGACAGACGGUGCUUGUGAGGUUUUUCGAAUUAUGUGUUGACUGUGAAGCCACAAAAGUUUAGGUAGCUGUGAAAAGACUUCCGCCGUAUUCUGAUGACAGCAAUCGAUUGGACGCUUUUCAUGAGAUUACUUUCAUGAAGACCCUCGGCUUUCACCCACAUGUUCUAUGGUAAUCGUCCCAUUCUUUCCUAAUAUUGAUUCGUUUUUUAGUAUGCUUGGCUGUGUUUCUGAUCCGGUAGACCCGAUAAUCAUCGUCGAAUAUUGCUCAAAUGGAGAUUUGCUCCAUUAUUUGAGAAGCCACAGGAGUGAUUUUAAAGACGAGGUGAAAUUGACGUUGACAAAAAAUUUAUAUUCUGUUUCUCAGAUAACCGAAGCCAAUAUAACUUCUACGCGGCUUGACAUGAAAUGUCUGCUUUCUUUUGCUUGGCAGAUUUGCGAUGGACUGGUUGAUCGAAUGAUUCUUUUUUUAUUCACAAAUUUUGUUCAGGACUACAUGAGCUCGAAAAACUUCAUACAUCGCGACAUCGCAGCCAGGAACGUUUUGCUGACAGGAAGUCUAGUAGCAAAGGUUUCGUUUUUCUUUCAGUUCAAUUUUGAUUCGAUUCGAUAGAUUGGAGAUUUCGGACUGUGUCGACAUACGGAAGACGCUCAGUACACUUCAAAAGGAGGCCGUUUGCCGUUCAAAUGGAUGGCUCCCGAAGCAAUAACUUUGUAUGAAUUCACAAUCAAAACCGAUGUGUGAGUUUUUUUCUAAUUUCGAGAAAUCGUACUGAGUUUUUCAAAAGUUUGGUCAGAAGUGAAUUUCUUCAAUUUUUAGUGGUCACUGUAGAGGCUCGCCAAGGACUACUUGGAAAGGACACUAAAGUGGUCACUAAACCCACGUUCAUAGUGGCCACUAUUUUCUGUUUUAGUGGCCACUUCAGUAGUUUUUCAUCCAGUAUUCCUUCCAGUAACUUUGAUAACUUUAAAACAAACAAAUUGGACCAGUUAUGUUGAUCCAUUUACCCCUAAAGUGGCCUCUAAAGUUUUUAGUGGUCUAGUAGUAGCACUUAGACUUCCGUAGUGCUCACUAAUUUUCACCCCUUAAGUGACCACAAAUUCGACUACUAUAGUGGCCACUAAAAGUUUUCUCAGUACAUACAUUUUUUUUUGUCAAAUGACUCGCAGUUAUUUUCUUUUCCGCUCAGAGACGCUUGAUCUUCAGAUGGGCCUAUGCUGUUUUGCUCCACGAAAUCUACACUCUAGGCGACACCCCCUACCACAAUGUUCAGCCGGCCGACAUGUCCAAAUACUUGUUAGAUGGAAACCGUUUGGAACAACCAGAACGCUGUCCAGAUGAGAUGUAAGCCUCGCUAAGAAAAAUACCAAAGUCGAGAUUCAAUAUUCAGCUAUUCAAUCAUGAAAGAUUGCUGGGAUUCGAAUCCUAACAAGCGACCUAUUUUUUCAGAGGUUUUUGAUUCAAUCUCCUUCUCAAAUUAUCAAUUUACUAGAUUCGUUCAUGUCUAGCAGUCAUGCUCCAUGUGAACGAUGACUAUUAUGGUUAUCUUACGAUGGAACAGCGAACUUCCUCGAUGAACUCAGUGAGUUUCGUUCAAAAAAUAUAGGAUCAAAGAUUUUAGGGCGCUACUCACUGCACGAUUGACUAUGAAAACAUUCCAGUUCUUGUAAAGUUUCUGGAUAGAGAUUUGAAUCAAACCAGCGAAGACUCUGUGGAGGUUAACGAGUGAUGGGAAGAAAUAUACUUGAAAAUUUCAGAGGCCUCUUGAGAAUGAAAUCGCAGAAGAAACAGAGUCGGCGUCGGAUGACUCUGUCAGUAACUCCUCCGAUUCAAGCCGGACGAAACAUCUUGAGGUUUUUUAUUUUGGGUUUAUUUUUCAGAAUUUCUUUGUCGGUUCAAAUAAAAACCAAAAGACUAGAAAUGACCGAAAUCUUGCAGGCUGGCAGUUCCACGCGAGCAGCUUCCCAUUGACUUUUUUUCCUUACCUUGAACAGCAUUUUCAACAACGGGUCUUUCAAUAUUUGUAUAAAUUUUUGCAAUUUCUCUUUUUUCACAAAAAAACAAAGGCUGAAACAUUGAACUAAGACAAUCAGAAAGAAAUUUUUCUCGUUUUAAAUCAUACUCGUAAACGAGGCGCUGAUUCAGAAAAAUAGGAUUUAAUGAAUUGAAAAAAACAAAAACUGAAAAAAUCGAAGUUUUUGAAAUCAGACUUUCCCGGUUCUCUUUCUCCACGCCACAGAUCUGUCUGUGAGCGAACAAUAAACACUUCAACAAAAAGAGUCGAGUGGUAAAAUGUAACAGAAAUUUCUUUGAAUCCAACUUCUGGUGUCCAGAAUGAUUUUUCACAAGUUGUUGAUUUUUCACGAGGUCUUUAUUCUUAAAACGAGCUUAAAAAAAGACUGUAUCAUUGAACACUCAAACCAAAAAGUGCUGAUACUGCGUGUCAAUACGUUGUUCUUCGAGUACUUGCGUUCGCGUCGGACCCGCAGACCUCUCAUGAUUGUACAAGCGAAAGCGGUCACUUUGUUUGUACGGCUUUAGCACAGGAGCCGUUUCAUUACAAGAACGGGCGGCGCAGUCCUUGUCUGGUCCUCGAAAACGUCGGGAACAGUGCAAAAAGCAACUUUUGUCUGGGUGGAUGGCCGGCGAAGGACUGUCCUUCGUCUUGGUUCUGUGGCUUGUUUUUUGUGCCAACGCUGUUUUCAUCGACCUUAACUGCACCUACGUCAUCAGAAAUAUGCCCAAGGUUUGAAAAAAAUCUCGGUAUAAAAAAACGCAAUAUUCUGAAAUAUUUGUUGUUUUUUUAUUAUGAUGUGCGCUUUUUUUGACUUAUGUCUCAGGCUUAUUUGGACAGCAUUUUUUUGGAUGCUAAUACAGAACGAAAAUGAAAUCAGUCCUCCAGACUAGAGUCUAGUCGAAGCUUCUAAAGUUACUUCACACUUCAAAAUACUUCAUACUUUAAAAUCUACCUAUAAAGAUGUCGAAAGAUUCUCGGAUGUUGAUGGAUUUUGCUAAAAGACUUGAACUACUCCUGCAAAAAGUAAAACUGAACAUUUUGAACUGCCUGUUUUUGAAAUUGAGACACUUCUUUAUUGAAAAAAAAAGGUCAUGUAGAUUUUAACUGAAGGACCCUCAUCUGGUGAAAAUGGUAUUUUUAGCCUUGAAAAAUUUGUCUCCUGUCAAUAUUAGAAGUAGGUUUUCAGUAUGCCUGGAAUGCCGUCAACUGUGAGAACCGAUAUUCCGAUGCGGCUUGUGAAUCAAUUUACCCCGCGGACAUCGAAGUCGACUCCACUGUCGCCAGACCUUCCCAAUGUUAUUCGGUGUGUUUCUGGACGUUGUUUUUGAAAUAAGAACUGCGGUCUAGACGAAGCUGGUUUGUUUGCAGAUUGGGGGCGAAAUCAACGAUGAACUGAAGAGGAUCGCAAUUUUGACCUGUCCGAAAACUUGCGGCUAUUGUUGCAUGACUAGCGAGUACUAUUGCAGAAACGCUGCUUGUGAGUUUUGAGGUGACUAUUUGGAUAAUGUAGAACAUUUUUUUCAGAUCCUCGAGUGAAAUGUGAAAUGGUGUCCCGAAGACAGUGCGAAGACCCUGUCUGGAUGCCUAUCCUUGCUGAAGACUGCCCUAACAUCUGCGGGUUCUGCACUGCAGGUUCGAAAAUGCCCUCUUGAAUUUCGCAUUGAUAUUUUCCAGGCGGAUGUGUAGACAAAGCUGUGGAAUGUGAGAACGACCCAUCAAUUUGUAGGAACCAAAAAAUGCAAGCAUUCGUGCAGGUAAUAUCUUUGAAUAUCAUCUCUUUGUGAUUAUUCAAAAUUCCGGUUAUUAUCUCUCAGGUCAAUUGCCGGAGGACAUGUGGUCUAUGUAGACCUACGUUAGGAAUCCCAAGCGAUUCAACUGCAGGAAAAUCUUUGUCUGGUUCGGGUGGCUCUGGUGUUUGCAGAGACCUGA